AUGUCUUCAAAAACAUUCCUGUUCGCAUUUUGUGUCCUAAUUUUGUGCACCCUAAGUAUUUCCGUGGCCACCCCUGCUUAUAGUGUUGGUCUCGAUUAUAUGGGAAUCUGCGUCCGAAAUUGCGCCCAAUGCAAAAGAAUGUUUGGGAACUAUUUUGAUGGACCGGCUUGUGCAGAUUCUUGUUUAAGAUUUCGAGGGAAAAUUGUGCCAGAUUGUGAAGAUUUAAGGUCUAUUGAACCUUUUUUGACUAGCAAUGGUGAAAAAUUCGAAUGA